AUGCUGAGCGAGGAGUGUUCUGCCAUCCUGCAGAACAAGCUGCCCGAGAAGCGAAAAGACCCAGGGAGUUUCACUAUCCCUCUUGUUAUUGGCAGCAUGCAUGUAGGAAAGUCCUUGGCGGACCUAGGCGCGAGCAUAAAUGUCAUGCCUUAUAAUUUGUUUAAGAAGCUAGGCCUAGGUGAACCUAGAACUACUAGGAUGAGCAUUCAGUUAGCUGAUCGUUCUAUCGUGCAUCCUAGGGGUAUCAUUGAGGACUUGCUUGUUAAUGUGGGUGCAUUCACAUAUCCUGUUGACUUUGUUAUUUUGGAUAUAAAUGAGGAUGUGGAUGUACCUUUGAUUUUAGGUAGACCGUUUCUCGCCACCGCCAAGGCGCUGAUUGAUGUGCAUAGUGGUAAAUUGAUUCUGCGUGCUGGUGAUGAACAGGCUACUUUUUCUGUGUUUGAGAAUGGGAAACACCCUCAUUUGCAUGAUGACAUAGAUUACUGUGAUAUGCUUGCUGAUUUUGAGACCGCACUCGCUAUAACGAGUGCGGGUACUGACGAUGUUCUUGAGCGUUGUCUUUUGCUAGGUGAGCAGGCAUCGCAGGAGCCGCAGCUGGCGGAGCAGUUAGCCGAGUUGGAGAGUAGCCCCUUCUUGGAGGGCGACAGGCUGUUCAAACCGAUCUCAUCCUCCACCCGCAUCGCCACUUCCUUGGAGGAACCACCAGAGCUGGAGCUUAAGCCCCUCCCUCCUCAUUUGGAGUAUGCAUUUCUCCGGGAGGGGAAUAAGCUACCAGUCAUCAUCAGCUCGACCCUCACACCCGAGCAGAAGACCAGACUGGUGACUUUGCUGAAGCGGUACGAGCGAGCUCUCGCAUGGAAGAUCACAGACAUCCGGGGGAUCAGCCCCUCUUUCUGCUCCCACCGGAUACUGAUGGAGGAUGAAAUGCGGCCAGUGAGACAGCCGCAGAGGAGACUGACACCGAACCUGGAGGCUGUGGUUUGGGCAGAGAUCGUGAAACUGCUGGAUGCGGGGAUCAUCUUCGCCAUUUCCGACAGCGAGUGGGUCAGUCCCACCCAGGUGGUACCCAAGAAGGGUGGGAUGACUGUGGUGCCUAACGAGAAGAAUGAGCUGAUCCCGAUGCGCACGGUGACUGGGUACCAUGUCUUCAUUGACUACCGGCGUCUCAACGACGCUACUCGGAAGGACCACUUCCCGCUACCAUUCAUUGAUCAUAUGCUGGAGAGACUGGCGGGGCACGAGUUCUACUGUUUCCUGGAUGGGAUUUCCGGGUACUUCCAGAUCCCGAUUGCACCGGAGGACCAGGCGAAGACCACUUUCACCUGCCCCUUCGGCACCUUUGCAUACCGGAGGAUCCCAUUCGGGCUAUGUAAUGCCCCGGCUACUUUUCAGCGUUGCAUGCUCGCUAUCUUUGAACGUCCGGUCGGCGAGAUCAUGGAGGUGUUUAUGGACGAUUUCUCGGUUUAUGGAGACUCAUUCUCUCACUGUCUCCAUAACCUGGAGCUUGUCCUUAAACGGUGUGAAGAAACGAACCUGGCACUGGGUUGGGAGAAGUGUCACUUCAUGGUUCGAGAGGGCAUAGUUCUCGGCCAUAAGAUCUCCAAGAUGGGGAUUGAGGUGGACAGAGCGAAGAUCGAGACUAUCAGCAAGCUGCCUCCUCCUACAUCUGUCAAGGGGAUCCGGAGUUUUCUUGGUCAUACAGGGUUCUACAGGCGGUUCAUCAAGGAUUUCUCAAAGAUUGCUCUGCCCCUGACUAAGCUUCUAGAGAAGGAUGCCCCCUUCUAG